CGAGGAAUGGAAUAAAAACACUGCUUCACCUUUACCUUCCCAAAGGAAGUUGCUUUCGAGUUUCUUUACUUAUUAUUUGUCGCUUCACCUUAUUCUUUCUUUCUAUGCGGCUUCUUCCUACUUAAAAAAAGACCAGAUGAGUUGAUUAUGAUCAAGAGCACACAUUAGAGUUGGUUAAUUCAGUAUGGGCUUUGUGGGUAUCUUCAACUUGGCCAUAAGAUGCUUUGAUCUUCUUGCAUGGCCUCUUCUCGCUUUGGGAUAUCCCUUGCGUGCUUCCAUUAUGGCUAUUGAGACCAAAUCAGACUUGGAGACGAGGAAGUUGGUCACCUAUUGGAUUAUGUUUUCUUUGUUAUCCAUUUUUGAGCAUGCUUUUGUCAAGCUACUUGAAUGGAUACCAUUAUGGCUUUACAUUAAGCUAAUGAUUGUCUGCUGGCUGGUGAUACCUCACUUUGAUGGUUCUUAUUAUGUCUAUAUGCACGUUGUUCGUCCAUGCCUCUCUAUGGAGAUGCAGACUGUCAUCAAGCAGUUGAAGAAGCUGAAGGAAAUCUCUUUUGAAAGAAAGGAUUUCUCCGAAAGGAGAGACAAGUUUAUAGAUGAGAUGGAGAAAUUUGUAAAAGAAAACGGACCUGACGCCCUAGAGAACCUUAUUGCUAGCAAGUCAAAGUUCAAAGAAGAUGUUACGCAGAAAGAUAUUAAAUCUGUAGAAGCAACAGAACAUAAAAAAGCUGAUGUAGCCAAGCCGUCAAAGUUCAAAGAAGAUGUUACGCAGAAAGAUGUUAAAUCUGUAGAAGCAACAGAAGAUAAAAAAGUUGAUGUAGCCAAGCCGUCAAAGUUCAAAGAAGUUGUUCUGCAGAAAGAUAUUAAAUCUCUAGAAGCAACAGAAGAUAAAAAAGCUGAUGUAGCCAACCCGGCUUUUCAAACAAAGGUUAAAUCUGCUGAAGCAGACAACAUCAGUACACAUGCAUCAGUGGAAAUCAAAGAAGUGCCAUUUGCAACAUCAAUGGGGGUUGAGGUACCGGAUGGUCCGGAUCCAGAAAACGUUCAAAAGGAGUGGACUUGUGCAGUAUGUCAGGUGACAACCAAGAGUGAACAUACCCUUAAUUUACACCUUCAAGGGAGGCGACACAAGGCUGCAUUUGAGAAGUUAAAGAACCAGAACUCGAAAAUGAAGGUUCCUCCUGCACCGGUGGAAAAAAAAUCUAGCGUGCCCAAAGUCAAACCAGAGAAGAAUGUAGCUAGCAGUACAAAGCAUAAGAUGCAAAUGAAGCCAAAUAAUGUGAAGCUUGAUGGUGUUUCGACUAGAUCACCUGAAUUAUGGUGCUUUAUCUGCAAUAUAGAAUGCAGUUGCAUGAAAAAUAUGCAUUCUCACUUCAAAGGGAAGCAGCACUUGUCCCGGAUUUCAGAGCUUAAUAAGUUGCAGGUGGCGGACAUUCCUGAAAUGCAAAGGUGAGAAUCUUUGGAAACAGGAAUGUUAAGAUGGUUAAGAACAUUUUAAGUUUCUACAGGUUCGGUCAUUGAGCAAUCUGUUAUUGGUUUCCAUGGUGUUUUAAUAUUAUGGGAGUAACAUAAUUGAGUUGAUGAGGCUGUAAAUGUGGAGUAGUGAUCAUCAUAUUUGAUCAUUAUUAAGUAGUAUCAACUGUGGUCUUAACUUCUAGCGUGGAAAUGAUGUUAAAUGAUGUAAGAGGAUCCUUUUGUCUGAAUAACUUGGGCUGAUUGGUUCUGUAUAAAACUUUAUGGAAGGGGAGUACAUGAUUCCUUUGAUGCUUUUAUUAUUGCU